CCAGCACUUAUUUGUCGUCAUGCCGUUGAAUCAACAAAAUCAGAACACGUGCAGCCUCGCUCCAGAAGCGAACAUGGGACCAUUGACGCAGAGUUCCGGGACGAACGAUGGCGCAUCUGCCUUCACCAAGUCGUCGUCGUCGUCGUCUAGAGGCAGAAAAAGACCUGCAGUUGUGCACUCCAGCCGUGCAUCGCCUCGGAAAAGAAAGCAACGCAGGCAAUCCCCAUAUAUUUCAUGGGAUGAAUACAAUGGGCCAGCGACUUCGGACGAUGUCGAGUUUGCAGAGGAUGAUGCGGCAGCUGGUGGUGAUGCACCACGAAACCGCCUCGACCCAUCGGCUCCUCCAAUGCCUUCUGUUGAAGACGUCACCGAUGAAGAAUUUGCGAGUUCAUCGACUGAUAAGGCAAGAAUGCAUCUGACAGAAGCUGCAUUUGAGCUCGUCAAAAAUACCCCGGCCGCGAGCUUGAGGUCAACUCCGCGAGGUACCCCGGCGAGGGAGCCUACAGAAACACGCUCCACCAUGGCUCCUCUGACGGACAAGACUGCUCCGGCAGUCAUUGUCGAAAGUGAGCACAAGAGGCAAGACGAGUCUGCACAUGCUGCAAGUGCAAUGCAGAAAGGCAAAGGCCCAUCUCAAACGCCGCAGGUUGAGAUCACGUACCAGAUAAUCACUUGGUACCCUGAGCAUCUGAGCAGACCGUGGAUACCCAAAGGCAGCUUCAGGAGUAAGACCUUGUCGGAGCUGCAGGAAGAGAUUCCGGUGAACCUGGGAGACUCCCACGUGACAGGGCUUCAAUUUCUUGUCAAGGCACCUGGAAUCAACGCAGAGUAUCAUGUUCCGAAUGGGCGCGACGAGAAGUUCAGCAGAAUGAAGGCGAACCUCGAACUUGCCAUCCGCAACGGCAUCGCAAAAGCCGUCAAAGAUGGCCGGCCACUUCUGGAUAUCGAAAUCACGAUGGAGGUCUUGACGGAUAUGGACUCAACCAACAGACUGGACGAUCUUGAUUUUGAAUGGUAGCUUGCAGAUUUUGGUGGAGACAUUUGAGCUUUGGUCAAGGGGAGUUGUUGGUUGAAUGCUGGAUUGAACAUCUCAAAUUGCAACGUCUUGGAUGCUAGAAUGUAAGAACAUGUUCCGC